AUGGCAGAAGCGGAGGUGGUGGCAGUGGUGGCGGUGGGACGGGCGGCCAAGUGGGUGGCCGCACUGGGGCUGCAGUCCGGGCACGGGACAAAGUCGGUCUCGGUGGCGAGCGUGGCGGUGUCGGGGUUGGAGGCUGCGGUGGGCGUGGCCGGAGUGGUCGUCGGACAGGCGGGUACAGGGACCGCAAGCGGGGCGGUGGUAGAGGCGGCGCGGAGUGGCAGUGGCGGUGCAAUCGUCGUGGUCGAGGCAGGCGAGACCGGCGCGGUGGCUAGCGGCGCGGCAUGGGCGCGGAGCGCGAUGGAGGAAAGCGUGCGGGUGCUGGUCGUAGCAGGCGAGUCUAGCCCCGAGGAUGAGACGAAUGCGGCACUGGCGGAUGUAGCGGUGCUGGCGGCGUGCGGCAGCGCGGACGAAGCGCGACAGAGGGUGAUGAUGGUUCGCGCGCGCGGCAACUCCGAGGCUCAGGCUGCCAUCGUCGAGGCCCUGGUGGCGAUGGCGGUAGCUGGCGUCCUGAGCGACCGACUCUUACCGACAGUGUGGGCCUUUCCGCAAUUUCCGGUCGUGUCGGCACGGUUCGCAAGGUGCGACGCCAAUAGGCUCGGCGCCGGCCUGCGAGGUGCGCUCGGCCUGGAUGAGAGCAGGGCGAGCCGGGUCUACACCGGAUUCGUGUCGUGCCGCGCGAGAGCGACGACACGGAAAGCCGCGGCAAAGGUGAGCGAGACGGCAGUCGCUGCGAGCAUGGAGCUCGGAGUGGUUGCUCAGUGUGACGGCCGGGUCGGGCUGGCUGAUGGCGCGCUGAUGCCACUCGGGACGUGGCUCCGCGAGCCGGCACUGGCCGGGCACGCCGAACGUGAGGCGUACUUUGACGCGUGGCUCGAGGGCGAUGCGCAGUCUGGGCGCGUAUUCGACGCUGUGGUCGAGUGCGUCGGGUUUGGGCUCGACGCGUGCGCUGUUACCGACCUGCACGCAAGCUGGACGACGCUAGCGGCGACACUGGGCGAUGCGAUGCGGGUUGGCGAUGUGGGGAAGUAUGGCGAGGCCGUGCUGGCCGGCGCGCAGGCGAUGUGCAGCGAGGUCGGCGGGUGGAUGAAAGGCUUGGAGGCAGGGCUGUAAACA